UCUAUGUGACAUCAUAGGAGCGCGCUGCCCGCAGGCUACGGAAGCGCGACGCAGCGAGCGGCAGGGUUACCAGGGGAACCGAAUCGCCGCGUCUCGCGGGGUCCCAGACGCUUAGAGGCCCUGUGUGUAGCAUCAUCAUCAUGUCGAGCUGCCUCUUCCUCCUGAAGGCACUUCUUGCUCUUGGGUCCAUGGCAUCCUGGGUGACUGCAGGAGAGCAUGAGUUUGGCGGUGAAUGUCCUGCUGACCCCCUUCCGUGUGAAGAGCUGUGUGAUGGGGAUGCAUCCUGUCCUCAGGGACAUAAGUGCUGCAGCACCGGCUGUGGCCAUGCCUGCCGUGGAGACAUUAAGGGAGGACGGGGUGGUGACUGUCCAAAAAUUUUGGUGGCCCUGUGCGUUGUCAGCUGCAUGGUGGAUGAGAACUGCCCAGCUGGGGAAAAGUGCUGCAAGUCAGGCUGUGGCCAUUUCUGUGUCCCGCCAAUCCUGCCACCCCAGCUGGCCCUGAACCCCAACCAGACCAUCAGGUCUAAUUUUGAAUUAGAGAGCCCGGUGCCCUAGCUGUCCUGAUGUGUCCUGAGUUUCUUUGGUGACUCCAGGGGGCUUGUCCUGGUAACCAGGAGAGGAUGAUGUCCUGGGGCUUGUGACACCCCCAGGGACUUUCAUUGCCCUCUCUGCUCUGUUUCUGUUCUUGCUGCUGUCCUGAGCAUAGGAAACCCAGCCCUGGGCUUCGGCAGUGGGUGUGUGGUGCUUCUUUUCCCCAAUAAA